AUGACUGUUUCUUACCCACUCACUGGCGAGAACCCCCUGCAGGUCCUGGUGAACGCCAUCAUCAAGAGUGGCCCCCAGGAGGACUCAGUCCGACUUGGACAAGCUGGAACAGUGAGGCGACAGGCCAUGGAUGUGUUCCCUCGGCGCCGGGUGAAUCAGGCCAUUUGGCUUCUGUGCACAGGUGCCCGUGAGGCUGCCUUCCAGAACAUCAAGACCAUUGCUGAGUGCCUGGCAGAUGAGCUCAUCAAUGCAGCCAAGGGCUCCUCCAACUCCUACGCUAUCAAGAAGAAAGACGAGCUGGAGCAUGUGGCCAAGUCCAACCGUUGAUCACUGGCUUCAGCCCCAAUAAAUCUGUUUGCCCCUUGGGCAGCACCACCAAAAAAAAAAAAAAAAGAAUGACAAGA